GUUGUGAAGUUGGAACGAACAUUACCAAAAGGAUCAGCAAGUGAGAAGUACUGAAUUCCUGGGGCGGAUCCUACCUGGAGCAAAGUCCUAGAAAGAUGGACAAGGAAGAAGAGAGUACGCGGGAGAUCCUACUCCCUGAUUGGCAAGACAGCGCUCAUGGUAUUACCAUCAAAGAGACGGAUGAAGGCGUCUUCGUGAAGCAGAUCCAACACGACUCGCCAGUCGCCAAGACAGGAAUUGUACAGGAAGGUGACCAGAUUGUGAGCGCCACCAUCUAUUUUGACAAUGUGCACUCAGGGGAGGUCUCGGAGCUCCUUAAAAAUGUAGGUCAUCACACAGUGGGCCUGCGGCUACAGAGGAAAGGAGACCGCUCCCCGUUGCCAGGGCAGUCUGGUUCCUACGACGUGUUUCCUCCAAGGAGCCCAGAAGUUGUUUUGAGUGGAGAUGACGAAGAGUACCAGCGGAUUUACACCACGAAAAUUAAACCUCGCCUUAAAUCAGAAGAUGGCAUAGAAGUCGAGCAUGAAGGAACUCAAAGCAGGACCAUCACAGUCACCAAAAGAGUCACAGCUUACACUGUCGAUGUUACCGGCCACGAAGGUGCCAAAGAGAUUGACAUCAGCAGUCCUGAGUUUAAGAUCAAAAUUCCUAAACAUGAACUUACCCAGAUUUCUAAAGUUGGAAUUGAAUCAGAGCCUGGGAAAACUGUCAUCAAGAUCCCACACAUGGAUUCACCUGGGAGAACCAGCUAUGGAAAAACCUCCCACGAAGGAGGGAAAUUUUAUGAUGUGACAUAUUCUGGACCAACUAUUGACUUGCCUUCCCGAAAAUUGGAGGCAGGUGUUCCCGAUACCCUUGUGGGGCAGCCAAAGGUGGGGAAAACUGAUAUCCAAGUCUCCAACAUCAAGGGUAUAGGUUUGAGAGGUCAGACAGACUUCAGCAGCCCUGAAAUCAAUGGGAAAACAGGGGACAGACUGCAAUUCGAUAUGAAAGGUCCUAAAAUUAAAGGGGAAUUGGGAGGGUUGCAAGGCGCAGGGGUAAAAGUCCCUACCUCAGGCAUUGAAGGCAAGAUGACAAGUCCAGGUCUCGGUGAUGAAAGCAAAGGAAAUCUUACAUUCCCUGCAAUGAGAAUGCCCAAAUUUGGAAUAUCAUCUCCAAGUGCUGACAUUGAAGUUCCUCAGCUUGAUGCAGCAGGUCCAUCUGUGACAAUCAAAGGUCCAGGAGGAUUUCAAGAAGGCCCCAAAGUUGCAGUCACGAGCAGAGGAAUACCAGAACCAAAGUUGGAUAUGGGUGUAAAAGGACUGGAUUUGAAAGGUGGGGUGAAAUCAAAGAUGGAUUUUGGGUCUCCAGACAUUGGACUUGAAGAGAGUGAAGACAAAUUUAAAAUACACCACAUGGAUAUGCCUAAAUUUUCUGUUUCAGGCCCCACAGCAGAUAUCAAUGUUCCAAAAGGAGGGAUUGAGAUUAGUGGACAGACACCCAAAAUCUCUAUGUCAGAUAUUGACUUGAAUCUUAAAAGUCCCAAAGGAAAAGGAGCUAUACAUUUUUCAGGGCCAAAGAUUGAAGGGGAUUUGAAAGGCCCAAGUAUGAGUAAUGAGGGCACCAAUGUUGGCCUUGGUGGACCAUUCAAAGGUCCACAUAUCUCAAUGCCCUCUGUGAAAACUACACCGGUUGCUGUGCCAGGUGUUGACUUGAACCUAAAAGGGACAUCAUUAAAGGGUGAUGUGGAUGUUUCUGUGCCCAAACUGGAAGGCGACCUGAAGGGCCCGCAGAUUGACAUCAAAGGUCCCAAAGUGGACAUUGCUGCUCCUGGCAUUGGAAUCAAGGGUACUUCUGGUCAACUGAAAGGGCCUCAUAUCAGAACUCCACAAAUCUCCAUUCCGGACAUUGACUUAAAUUUGAAAGGUCCCAAAGUCAAGGGGGACAUGGGUGUUUCCAUACCAAGAAUGGAAGGAGAACUAAAGGGCCCAACUGUGGACAUCAAGGCUCCGAAAGUAGACAUUGUUGCACCAGAUGUUGACCUUCAUGGCCCUGGACUUAAAAUGCCCAAAUUGAAAAUGCCCAAAUUUGGCGUGCCCAGCUUGAAACCUGACGUUCCUGAUGUGGACAUCAGUCUUCCCCAGGGCAGCCUUGACAUCUCAGGUCCUAAAGUAGAUAUUGCAGCACCAAGAUUGGAUAUUGAGGCACCAAAGAUUUCAGUUCCAGAUUUCGUGAGCCUGAAAGGGCCAGCAUUAAAGGGUGAUGUGGAUGUUUCUGUGCCCAAACUAGAAGGCAGCUUGAAGGGCCCACAGAUAGAUCUCAAAGGCCCCAAAGUGGACGUUGUGGCUCCUGACAUUGGCUUCAAAGCUCCUUCAGGUCAACUGAAAGGGCCUCAUAUCAAAACUCCACAAAUCUCCAUUCCGGACAUUGACCUAAAUUUGAAAAGCCCCAAAGUCAAGGGGGACAUGGGUGUUUCCAUACCAAGAAUGGAGGGAGAACUGAAGGGCCCAGCUGUGGACAUCAAGGGUCCUAAAGUAGACAUUGUAGCGCCAGACAUUGACCUUCAUGGCCCUGGACUCAAAAUGCCCAAAUUGAAAAUGCCCAAAUUUGGUGUGCCCAGUUUGAAAGGUGAAGUUCCUGAUGUUGACAUCGGUGUUACCCAGGGCAGCCUUGACUUCUCUGGUCCGAAAGUAGAUAUUGCAGCUCCAGGAUGGGACCUUGGAGCACCAGAAGGCAAAAUUAAAGGCCCUAAAGUCAAGAUGCCAGGAUUACAUGUUGAGGCACCAAAGGUUCCAGAUUUCGACCUGAGCCUGAAAGGGCCAGCAUUAAAGGGUGAUGUGGAUGUUUCUGUACCCAAAGUAGAAGGCAGCUUGAAGGGCCCACAGAUAGACCUCAAAGGCCCCAAAGUGGACAUUGUGGCUCCUGACAUUGGCGUCAAAGCUCCUUCAGGUCAACUGAAAGGGCCUCAUAUCAAAACUCCACAAAUCUCCAUUCCAGACAUUGACCUAAAUUUGAAAGGCCCCAAAGUCAAGGGGGACAUGGGUGUUUCCAUACCAAGAAUGGAGGGAGAACUGAAGGGCCCAGCUGUGGACAUCAAGGGUCCUAAAGUAGACAUUGUAGCACCACCAGAUGUUGACCUUCAUGGCCCUGAGCUCAAAAUGCCCAAAUUGAAAAUGCCCAAAUUUGGUGUGCCCAGUUUGAAAGGUGAAGUUCCUGAUGUGGACAUCGGUGUUACCCAGGGCAGCCUUGACUUCUCUGGUCCGAAAGUAGAUAUUGCAGCUCCAGGAUGGGACCUUGGAGCACCAGAAGGCAAAAUUAAAGGCCCUAAAGUCAAGAUGCCAGGAUUACAUGUUGAGGCACCAAAGGUUCCAGAUUUCGACCUGAGCCUGAAAGGGCCAGCAUUAAAGGGUGAUGUGGAUGUUUCUGUGCCCAAAGUAGAAGGCAGCUUGAAGGGCCCACAGAUAGACCUCAAAGGCCCCAAAGUGGACAUUGUGGCUCCUGACAUUGGCGUCAAAGCUCCUUCAGGUCAACUGAAAGGGCCUCAUAUCAAAACUCCACAAAUCUCCAUUCCAGACAUUGACCUAAAUUUGAAAGGCCCCAAAGUCAAGGGGGAUAUGGGUGUUUCCAUACCAAGAAUGGAGGGAGAACUGAAGGGCCCAGCUGUGGACAUCAAGGCUCCAAAAGUAGACAUUGUAGCACCAGAUGUUGACCUUCAUGGCCCUGGACUCAAAAUGCCCAAAUUGAAAAUGCCCAGAUUUGGCGUGCCCAGCUUGAAACCUGACGUUCCUGAUGUGGACAUCAGUCUUCCCCAGGGCAGCCUUGACAUCUCAGGUCCUAAAGUAGAUAUUGCAGCCCCAAGAUUGGAUAUUGAGGCACCAAAGAUUUCAGUUCCAGAUUUCGACCUGAGCCUGAAAGGGCCAGCAUUAAAGGGUGAUGUGGAUGUUUCUGUGCCCAAACUAGAAGGCAGCUUGAAGGGCCCACAGAUAGAUCUCAAAGGCCCCAAAGUGGACAUUACUGCUCCUGACAUUGGCCUCAAAGCUCCUUCAGGUCAACUGAAAGGGCCUCAUAUCAAAACUCCACAAAUCUCCAUUCCGGACAUUGACCUAAAUUUGAAAGGCCCCAAAGUCAAGGGGGACAUGGGCGUUUCCAUACCAAGAGUGGAAGGAGAACUGAAGGGCCCAGCUGUCGACAUCAAGGCUCCUAAAGUAGACAUUGUAGCACCAGAUGUUGACCUUCAUGGCCCUGGACUGAAAAUGCCGAAAUUGAAAAUGCCCAAAUUUGGUGUGCCCAGCUUGAAAGGUGAAGUUCCUGAUGUGGACAUUGGUGUUACCCAGGGCAGCCUUGACUUCUCUGGUCCAAAAGUAGAUAUUACAGCCCCAGGAUGGGACCUUGGAGCACCAGAAGGCAAAAUUAAAGGUCCCAAAGUCCAAAUGCCAGAAAUGCAUGUUAAAGGUCCUAAAAUCUCCAUGCCAGACACAGAUUUAAAUUUAAAGGGGCCCAAACUCACAGGAGACAUUGAUGUUUCUAUUCCAAAAUUAAAAGGUGACAUAAAAGGUCCAGAAAUUGAUAUCAAAGGUCCAAAAUUAGAUAUUGAAGCACCAGAUGUUGACCUACAUGGACCAGAAGGGAAAUUGAAGAUGCCAAAAUUCAAAAUGCCUAAGUUUGGAAUACCCAGCUUCAAAGGAGAAGGUCCGGAUAUGGAUUUAGACCUCCCCAAAGCAGAGCUUGAUGUUUCUGUUCCAACAGUUGACGUAGCAGCACCAAGUUUGGACAUUGAAGGCCCAGAAGGAAAACUAAAAGGAUCCAAAUUUAAGAUGCCUGACUUUAAUAUUCAUGCACCAAAGAUAUCAAUGCCAGAUGUUGAUUUGAAUCUAAAAGGGCCAAAAUGGAAAGGGAAUGCAGAUAUUUCUGGACCAAAAAUAGAAGGUGAACUCAAAGGACCCCAGGUUGAUAUUGAAGGUCCUAAACUAGAUGUUGAUGUCCCUGAUGUAGAGCUGGAAGGUCCUGAAGGAAAAAUUAAAGGAUCCAAAUUCAAAAUGCCAAAACUGAAUAUUAAAGGUCCCAAAAUCUCCAUGCCAGAUGUAGAUCUGGAUCUCAAAGUCCCCAAAAUGAAGGGUGAAAUGGAUGUAACAGUUCCAAAACUAGAAGGAGAUUUGAAAGGACCCAAUCUUGCUGCACCAAAAUUGGAUAUAGGUCUCCCAGAUGUUGAACUCGAAGGUCCAGAAGCCAAGUUGAAGAUGCCUAAAAUGAAGCUACCAAAAUUCGGAACACCUGGGUUGAAAGGAGAGGGUCCUGAUGUUAAUGUGAGCCUUCCCAAAGGAGAUUUGGAUGUUUCAGGGCCAAAAAUAGAUAUUGAUAUGCCAAGUGUGGACCUUGAAGGCCCAGAAGGAAAACUGAAAGGUUCAAAGUUUAAAAUGCCUGAAAUGCAUUUCAAAACACCCAAAGUCUCCAUGCCAGAUAUUGACUUCAAUCUGAAAGGUCCAAAAGUGAAAGGUGAUAUGGAUGUUUCUAUUCCAACAUUAGAAGGAGAUUUCAAGGGACCCAGCGUUGAUAUCAAGAGGCCUACAGUAGAGCUAAGUGGUCCAGACGUUGAUCUCCACAGUGAGGGGAAACUAAAAAUGCCAAAAUUGAAGAUGCCAAUUUUUACUGUUUCAAGCCCAAAACUAGAAAGCCCUGAUGUAGACGUAAGCUUGCCAAAGGGAGAAAUUGACAUCUCAGGUCCAAAGAUAGAUGUGGAAGCUCCAGAACUUGAUAUUGAAGGUCCUGAAGGAAAGCUGAAAGGUUCAAAAUUUAAGAUGCCAAAACUAAAUAUCAAAGCACCGAAGAUCUCCAUGCCUGAUGUAGACUUGAACAUCAAAGGACCUGGAACAAGAGGACACAUGGAUGUAACUGUACCAAAUAUUGGAGGCAAUCUUGAAGGACCUCAGAUUGAUAUAAAGGCUCCUAAACUGGAUGUGGAAGCACCAGACGUUCACUUAGAAUGUCCAGAAGGAAAAGUGAAAGGGCCCAAAUUUAAGAUGCCUGAAAUGCACAUCAAAGCUCCAAAGAUCUCUAUGCCAGAUGUUGAUCUGAACCUCAAAGGUCCAAAACUGAAGGGAGAUGUUGAUGUUACUGUCCCAAAGCUGGAAGGUGACCUGAAAGCCCCAGAUAUAGAUAUCAAAGGUCCCAAAAUGGAUAUUGAUGCACCUAAUGUUGAACUUCAUGGACCAGAAGGAAAGUUGAAGAUGCCCAAAUUCAUGCCCAAAUUUGGAAUGCCCAGCUUCAAGGGGGAAGGUCCAGAUGUGGAUGUAAGUCUCCCUAAAGGAGAUCUUGAUCUUUCUGGUCCAAAAGUUGAACUUGAAGGACCAAGUUUGGACAUUGAAGGCCCAGAAGGAAAAGUGAAAGGGCCCAAAUUUAAGAUGCCUGAAAUGCACGUCAAAGCUCCAAAGAUCUCUAUGCCAGAUGUUGAUUUCAACCUGAAAGGUCCAAAGCUGAAGGGAGAUGUGGAUGUGUCUGUUCCUAAGCUUGAAGGUGGCCUUAAAGGGCCAGAUGUGGAUAUCAAAAGUCCCAAACUGGACAUUGAUGCACCUGAUGUUGAACUUCAUGGACCAGAAGGAAAGUUGAAGAUGCCCAAAUUCAAAAUGCCCAAAUUUGGAAUGCCCAGCUUCAAGGGGGAAGGUCCAGAUGUGGAUGUAAGCCUCCCUAAAGGAGAUCUCGAUCUUUCUGGUCCAAAAGUUGAACUUGAAGGACCAAGUUUGGAUAUUGAAGGCCCAGAAGGCAAAGUGAAAGGGCCCAAAUUUAAGAUGCCUGAAAUGCACAUCAAAGCUCCAAAAAUCUCCAUGCCAGAUGUUGAUUUCAAUCUCAAAGGUCCAAAGCUGAAGGGAGAUGUUGAUGUUUCUGUUCCAAAGCUGGAAGGUGGCCUAAAAGGGCCAGAUGUGGAUAUCAAAGGGCCCAAACUGGAUAUAGAUGCACCGGAUCUUGAAAUUGAAGGUCCUGAAGGAAAGUGGAAAACUCCGAAGUUUAAGAUGCCUGAAAUGCACAUCAAAGCUCCAAAGGCUCCCAAAAUCUCAAUGCCAGACAUAGACUUAAACCUAAAAGGUUCUAAAGUCAAAGGUGAUGCUGAUGUUUCAAUUCCUAAACUGGAAAGAGAUUUGAAAGGUCCAGAAAUUGAUAUCAAAGGUCCAAAACUCGAUGUUGAUGUCCCAGAUGUUGACCUACAUGGACCAGAAGGAAAAUUCAAAAUGCCAAAGUUCAAGAUGCCAAAGUUUGGCAUGCCAGGCUUCAAAGGAGAAGGUCCAGAUGUGGAUGUAAGCCUCCCCAAAGGAGACCUUGAUGUUUCUCUUCCCAAAGUUGAGCUUGAAGCACCAAGCUUGGACAUUGAGGGCCCAGAGGGAAAAGUGAAAGGUCCCAAAUUUAAGAUGCCCGAAAUGCACUUCAAGACACCAAAGAUAUCAAUGCCCGAUAUUGAUCUGAACCUCAAAGGUCCAAAGAUGAAAGGAGAUGUGGAUGUUUCUGUUCCAAAGCUAGAAGGUCCAGAUGUGGAUAUCAAAGGUCCCAAAUUCGAUAUUGAUGCACCUGAUGUAGAAAUUGAAGGUCCUGAAGGGAAGUGGAAAAGUCCCAAGUUUAAGAUGCCUGAAAUGCACAUCAAAGCUCCAAAGUUCUCCAUGCCAGAUGUAGACUUAAACCUCAAAGGUCCAAAGCUGAAGGGAGAUGUUGAUGUUUCUGUCCCAAAGCUGGAAGCUGACUUGAAAGCCCCAGAUGUAGAUAUCAAAGGACCCAAAAUGGACAUUGAUGCACCUGAUGUUGAGCUUCAUGGACCAGAAGGAAAAUUGAAGAUGCCCAAAUUCAAAAUGCCCAAAUUUGGAAUGCCCAGCUUCAAAGGGGAAGGUCCAGAUGUGGAUGUAAACCUCCCUAAAGGAGAUCUUGAUCUUUCUGGUCCCAAGGUUGAACUUGAAGGACCAGGUUUGGACAUUGAAGGCCCAGAAGGAAAAGUGAGAGGGCCCAAAUUUAAGAUGCCUGAGAUGCACAUCAAAGCUCCAAAGAUUUCCAUGCCAGAUGUUGAUUUCAACCUGAAAGGUCCAAAGCUGAAGGGAGAUGUGGAUGUGUCUGUUCCUACGCUGGAAGGUGGCCUAAAAGGGCCAGAUGUGGAUAUCAAAGGUCCCAAACUGGAUAUUGAUGCACCUGAUUUUGAACUUCAUGGACCAGAAGGAAAGUUGAAAAUGCCUAAGUUCAAGAUGCCCAAGUUUGGCAUGCCUGGCUUCAAAGGAGAAGGCCCAGAUGUGGACGUAAGCCUCCCCAAAGGAGAUCUUGAUCUUUCUGGUCCCAAGGUUGAACUUGAAGGACCAAGUUUGGACAUUGAAGGGCCAGAAGGAAAAGUGAAAGGGCCCAAGUUUAAGAUGCCCGAAAUGCACUUCAAGACCCCAAAGAUCUCAAUGCCUGACAUUGAUCUGAACCUCAAGGGUCCAAAACUGAAAGGAGAUGUGGAUGUGUCUGUUCCUAAGCUAGAAGGUGGCCUAAAAGGGCCAGAUGUGGAUAUCAAAGGCCCCAAAGUGGACAUUGAUGCACCUGAUGUUGAACUUCAUGGACCAGAAGGAAAAUUGAAAAUGCCUAAGUUCAAGAUGCCCAAGUUUGGCAUGCCUGGCUUCAAAGGAGAAGGCCCAGAUGUGGACGUAAGCCUCCCCAAAGGAGAUCUUGAUGUUUCUGGGCCAAAGGUUGAACUUGAAGGACCAAGUUUGGACAUUGAAGGGCCAGAAGGAAAAGUGAAAGGGCCCAAGUUUAAGAUGCCCGAAAUGCACUUCAAGACCCCAAAGAUCUCAAUGCAUAUUGAUCUGAACCUCAAAGGUCCAAAGAUGAAGGGAGAUGUGGAUGUUUCUGUUCCAAAGCUAGAAGGUCCAGAUGUGGAUAUCAAGGGUCCCAAAUUGGAUAUUGAUGCACCAGAUGUAGAAAUUGAAGGUCCUGAAGGAAAGUGGAAAAGUCCCAAGUUUAAGAUGCCCGAAAUGCACAUCAAAGCUCCCAAAAUCUCCAUGCCAGACUUUGACUUGAACCUCAAAGGUCCCAGAGUGAAAGGAGAUGUGGAUGUCUCAGUUCCGAGCUUGGAAGGUGAUCUGAAGGGCCCUGACAUUGACAUCAAAGGGCCCAAACUAAACGUUGACGUUCCAGAUGUUGAUCUUGAAGGCCCAGAAGGGAAGUGGAAAGGACCCAAAUUUAAAAUGCCUGAAAUGAACAUCAAAGCUCCCAAAAUCUCCAUGCCAGACUUCGAUUUGAACCUGAAAGGUCCAAAAGUGAAAGGAGAUGUGGAUGUUUCUGUGCCAAAGUUGGAAGGUGACCUGAAAGGCCCUGAUGUGGACAUCAAAGGGCCCAAAGUUGGUGUUGAUCUUCCUGAAGUUGACCUUGAAGGGCCUGAAGGAAAACUUAAAGGUCCUAAGUUUAAGAUGCCUGAAAUGCAUUUUAAUGUUCCCAAAAUCUCAAUGCCUGAUAUAGAUUUGAACUGGAGGAAACCUAAAGUAGAAGCCGAUGCAUCUAUACCAACGGUGGAGGGGGAUUUGAAAGGCCCAAGUGUGGACAUCAAAGGUCCCAAACUAGGUAUUGAUGUCCCUGAUGUUGAUAUAGAAGGACCAGAAGGGAAGUGGAAAGGGCCCAAAUUUAAGAUGCCUGAAAUGAACAUCAAAGCUCCCAAAAUUUCCAUGCCAGAUUUUGACUUGAAUUUGAAAGGUCCUAAAAUGAAGGGAGAUGUGGAUGUUUCUAUGCCGAAGCUAGAGGGGGAUGUGAAGGCGCCAGAACUCGAUAUUAAAGCACCCCAAUUAGAUAUUAAUGCCCCUGAUAUAAGUAUGGAAGCACCAGAGGGAAAGAUAAAAGGUCCUAAAUUUAAGAUGCCCGAAAUGCACAUCAAAACUCCAACGAUUUCCAUGCCAGAUUUUGACCUGAACCUCAAAGGUCCAAAACUGAAGGGUGAUGUGGAUGUUUCUGUUCCGAAACUGGAAGGAGAUCUGAAAGGCCCAGAUGUGGAUAUCCAGGGUCCCAAAUUGGACAUUGAUGCGCCAGAUGUAGAAAUUGAAGGUCCUGAAGGGAAGUGGAAAAGUCCCAAGUUUAAGAUGCCCGAAAUGCACAUCAAAGCUCCCAAAAUCUCCAUGCCAGACUUUGACUUGAACCUCAAAGGUCCCAGAGUGAAAGGAGACGUGGAUGUCUCAGUACCGAGCUUGGAAGGUGAUCUGAAGGGCCCCGACAUGGACAUCAAAGGGCCCAAGCUAGACGUUGACGUUCCAGAUGUUGAUCUUGAAGGACCUGAAGGGAAGUGGAAAGGACCCAAAUUUAAGAUGCCUGAAAUGAACAUCAAAGCCCCCAAAAUCUCCAUGCCAGACUUCGAUUUGAACCUGAAAGGACCCAAAGUGAAAGGAGAUGUGGAUGUUUGUGUGCCAAAGUUGGAAGGUGACCUGAAAGGCCCUGAUGUGGACAUUCAAGGCCCCAAAGUGGACAUUGACAUGCCCGAUGUUGACUUGCAUGGUCCAGAGGGUAAAAUCAAGCUGCCCAAAUUUAAAAUGCCCAAGUUUGGGAUGCCUGGAUUUAAAGGAGAAGGUCCUUCAGUGGAUGUGACCAUACCCAAGGGAGAAGUGGAUAUAUCUGGUCCCAAACUAGAUAUUGAAACACCUGAUCUGGAAAUCGAACACCCGGAAGGAAAACUGAAAGGCCCCAAAAUGAAGAUGCCGGAAAUGCAUUUUAACGUCCCCAAAAUCUCAAUGCCAGAUAUUGAUUUGAAUUUGAAAGGCCCAAAACUCAAAGGAGAUGUAGGAGGUGACAUCAAAGGACCAGACAUUGCAUUGAAAGGACCUGAAGUCGAACUGGAGACACCAAAAGUAGACAUUGAAGCAAAACCAAAGAAAUCAAGAUUUAAACUUCCCAGGUUCAAUUUUUCUGGCCCCAAACUUCAUACACCUGAAGUUGAUGUGAAGGUUAAGAAACCGGAUGUUGAUAUCUCAGGACCAAAAGUGGGUGUUCAGAGUCCAGAUGUGGAUAUCCAAGGAAAAGCAAAGGGUUCUAAAUUUAAAAUGCCGUCAUUGAAUAUUUCCUCCCCUAAGGCCUUUAUGCCUGAUGUGGAAUUAAAUUUGAAAGGGUCUAAAUUAAAAGGGGACCUGAAUGUUUCUGCACCAAGCUUGGAAGGAGAUUUGAAAGCCCCUGAAAUAGAUAUCAAAGGCCCCAAGAUGGAGGUUGGUGCACCAGAAGUUGAUCUUCAUGGCCCUGAAGGCAAACUCAAAAUGCCUAAGUUUAAAAUGCCUAAAUUUGGAAUCCCAGGCAUCAAAGCAGAAGCUCCCGAUGUGGAUGUAACCCUUCCCAAAGCUGAUCUUGACCUGUCGGGCCCCAAAGUGGACAUUGAAACUCCUGACUUAGAAGGGCCAGAGGGGAAGCUGAAAGGUCCGAGGAUUAAGAUGCCAGAAAUGCAAAUCAAAACUCCAAAAAUUUCAAUGCCGGACAUAGACCUGAAUCUGAAAGGCCCAAAAUUGAAGGGAGACAUCGAUGUCUCUGUGCCAAAAUUGGAGGGUGACUUGAAGGGCCCUGAUGUUGAUAUCAAAGGUCCAAAAGUAGACGUUGACUUUCCAGAUGUUGACCUUGAAGGCCCAGAAGGAAAACUGAAAGGGCCCAGGUUUAAGAUGCCCGACAUGCAUUUUAAGAGUCCCAAAAUUUCCAUGCCAGAUUUUGACUUGAAUUUGAAAGGCCACAAAGUCAAAGGAGAUAUUGAUAUGAAAGCUCCCACACUGGAAGGUGACUUGAAAGGUCCGGAAAUAGACAUCAAAGGUCCAAAAGUAGAUGUUGACCUUCCAGAUGUUGACCUUGAAGGCCCAGAAGGAAAAGUGAAAGGGCCGAAAUUUAAGAUGCCUGAUAUGCACUUUAAGACUCCCAAAAUUUCCAUGCCAGAUUUUGACUUAAACCUGAAAGGACCGAAAUUAAAAGGAGAUGCAGAUGUGACCUUACCAACAUUGGAAGGCGAUCUGAAGGGUCCAGAGGUUGAUAUCAAAGCACCUAAACUUGAUGUGGAUGUUCCUGAUAUUGAACUGGAGGCCCCAGAAGGAAAGUGGAAAGGACCCAAAUUUAAGAUGCCGGACAUGAACAUCAAGGCACCGAAAAUUUCAAUGCCAGAUGUGGAUUUCAACCUGAAAGGACCUAAACUCAAGGGAGAUUUGGAUGUCUCAGCUCCAGGACUGCAAGGAGAACUUAGAGGACCAGAUGUGGAUAUCAAAGGUCCAAAGCUGGACGUUGAUCUCCCAGAUGUUGAUCUACAUGGACCAGAAGGAAAAAUGAAAAUGCCAAAAUUCAAGAUGCCCAAGUUUGGCAUGACCGGCUUCAAAGGGGAAGGCCCAGAUGUGGAUGUAAGCCUCCCUAAAGGAGAUCUUGAUGUUUCUCUUCCUAAAGUUGAACUUGAAGCACCAAGCUUGGACAUUGAAGGCCCAGAAGGAAAAGUGAAAGGGCCCAAAUUUAAGAUGCCUGAAAUGCACUUCAAGACCCCAAAGAUCUCAAUGCCCGAUAUUGAUCUGAACCUCAAAGGUCCAAAGAUGAAGGGAGAUGUGGAUGUUUCUGUUCCAAAGCUUGAAGGUCCAGAUGUGGAUAUCAAGGGUCCCAAAUUGGACAUUGAUGCGCCAGAUGUAGAAAUUGAAGGUCCUGAAGGAAAGUGGAAAAGUCCCAAGUUUAAGAUGCCCGAAAUGCACAUCAAAGCUCCCAAAAUCUCCAUGCCAGACUUUGACUUGAACCUCAAAGGUCCCAGAGUGAAAGGAGAUGUGGAUGUUUCAGUUCCGAGCUUGGAAGGUGAUCUGAAGGGCCCCGACAUUGACAUCAAAGGGCCCAAACUAGACGUUGAUGUUCCAGAUGUUGAUCUUGAAGGCCCAGAAGGGAAGUGGAAAGGACCCAAAUUUAAAAUGCCAGAGAUGCAUUUUAAGACUCCUAAAAUGUCAAUGCCAGAUGUGGACUUAAACCUAAAAGCUCCCAAACUGAAAGGAGACCUGAAUGUCUCAGUUCCAGAGGGUGAUUUGAAAGGCCCAGAAAUAGACAUCAAAGGUCCAAAGCUAGAUAUCGAUGCUCCAGAUGUUGACCUACAUGGUCCAGAAGGAAAACUCAAAAUGCCCAAGUUCAAGAUGCCCAAGUUUGGCAUGCCCAGCUUCAGGGAAGGCCCAGAUGUGGAUGUAAGCCUCCCAAAAGCAGACCUUGAUAUUUCUGUCCCCAAAGUUGAACUGGAAGCACCAUGUAUGGACAUUGAAGGGCCAGAAGGAAAAGUGAAAGGGCAAUUUAAGAUGCCUGAGAUGCACUUCAAGACCCCAAAGAUAUCAAUGCCCGAUAUUGAUCUGAACCUCAAAGGUCCAAAGAUGAAAGGAGAUGUGGAUGUGUCUGUUCCUAAGCUAGAAGGUGGCCUAAAAGGGCCAGAUGUGGAUAUCAAAGGUCCCAAAGUGGACAUUGAUGCACCUGAUGUUGAACUUCAUGGACCAGAAGGAAAAAUGAAAAUGCCAAAAUUCAAAAUGCCCAAAUUCGGAAUGCCCAGCUUCAAAGGGGAAGGUCCAGAUGUGGAUGUAAGCCUCCCUAAAGGAGAUCUUGAUGUUUCUGUCCCAAAAGUUGAACUUGAAGCUCCAUGUUUGAACAUUGAAGGCCCAGAGGGAAAAGUGAAAGGGCCCAAAUUUAAGAUGCCCGAAAUGCACUUCAAGACCCCAAAGAUCUCAAUGCCCGAUAUUGAUCUGAACCUCAAAGGUCCAAAGAUGAAGGGAGAUGUGGAUGUUUCUGUUCCGAAGCUAGAAGGUCCAGAUGUGGAUAUCAAGGGUCCCAAAUUGGACUUUGAUGCGCCAGAUGUAGAAAUUGAAGGCCCGGAAGGGAAGUGGAAAAGUCCCAAGUUUAAGAUGCCCGAAAUGCACAUCAAAGCUCCCAAAAUCUCCAUGCCAGACUUUGACUUGAACCUCAAAGGUCCCAGAGUGAAAGGAGACGUGGAUGUCUCAGUACCGAGCUUGGAAGGUGAUCUGAAGGGCCCCGACAUUGACAUCAAAGGGCCCAAGCUAGACGUUGAUGUUCCAGAUGUUGAUCUUGAAGGACCUGAAGGGAAGUGGAAAGGACCCAAAUUUAAAAUGCCUGAAAUGAACAUCAAAGCUCCCAAAAUCUCCAUGCCAGACUUUGAUUUGAACCUGAAAGGUCCAAAAGUGAAAGGAGAUGUGGAUGUUUCAUUGCCAAAGAUGGAAGGUGACCUGAAAGGUCCAGAAAUAGACAUUAAUGUUCCUCAGAUAGAUCCUCCUGACAUUGAUAUUAAAGGACCUGAAGGCAAAAUGAAAGGCCCUAAAUUUCAGAUGCCUGAAUUUAAUAUCAAAGCCCCCAAAAUCAGCAUGCCAGACGUGGACUUCAACCUCAGAGGCCCUAAACUGAAAGGAGAUGUUGAUCUAGAUGUAUCUGCUCCCAAAAUAGAUACUGAUUUGAAGGGCCCGGAUUUUGAUAUCAAGGGCCCUAAACUGGAUGUCUCUGUACCUGAUGUGGAAUUGCAAUGUCCUGAGGGAAAACUCAAAGGGCCCAAGUUUAAGAUGCCUGAAAUGAACAUCAAAGCUCCCAAAAUCUCCAUGCCAGACUUUGACUUGAACCUCAAAGGUCCCAGAGUGAAAGGAGACGUGGAUGUCUCCGUACCGAGCUUGGAAGGUGAUCUGAAGGGCCCCGACAUUGACAUCAGAGGUCCCAAACUAGACGUCGAUGUUGGAGGUCCUGAAGGAAGUUGGAAAGGCCCCAAAAUUAAGAUGCCUGAAAUGCAGAUUAAAAAACCCCAAAUCUCCAUGCCUGAUGUACAGUUUGGUCUGAAAGGUGAUGUCUCUGGACCGAAACUCGCAGGAGAUUUGAAAGGUCCUGAAAUUGACAUCGCAGCUCCCACUGUUGAUAUCCACGGUCCAGAUGGAAAAGUAAAAUUACCCAAGAUGAAGCUCCCUAAAUUUGGUGUCCCUGAGUUCAAAGGAGAAGGACCUCAGUUGGACGUCAACCUGCCUGAAGGAGAGUUGAAAGGUUUUGAUUUGAAAAUUGAAGCUCCAACUUUGGACAUCAAAGGGCGAGAAGGACAAUUGAAGGGCCCUGGGGUGAAGAUGCCAGAAAUGCAUUUCAAAACACCUCAGAUCUCCAUGCCAGAAAUUGACUUAAAUCUGAAAGGUCACAAGAUGAAGGGUGAUGUGGAUGUCUCCGUUCCAGGAAUGGCCAUCCAAGGACCAGGAAUUGAAGCUAAAGGUCCAGAGAUUGACUUGGAAUGUCCAGAUGUGAACGUUGAAGGGCCAGAGGGCAAUGUUAAACUCCCCAAAUUUAAGAUGCCGAAAUUUGGCUUUGGAGCAAAGAGCCCCAAGGCUGAUGUGAAAUCUCCCACUUUGGAUGUGUCUCUUCCAGAAGCUGAGCUGAAUGUUGAGUCGCCAGAUGUUGCCAUUUCUGCCAAAGGGAAAAAAAGCAAAUUCAAAAUGCCCAAAAUCCACAUGAGCGGACCUAAAGUCAAAGGCAAGAAGGGUGGUUUUGAUGUGAGUGGAGAAAUGGACGCCAAUUUGAAAUCACCAGAUUUGGAAGGAAGCCUCUCGGUCCCAGAAGCAUCCCUGAAAGCAGAUGCCAACAUCAAAUCCCCCAAGGGAAAGAAACCAGUCUUUGGGAAACUCUCAUUUCCUGAUGUUGAGUUUGAUAUCAAAUCACCCAUGUUCAAGGCCGAUGCUUCAAUGCCGAAGGUGGAAGGAGAAGUCAAGAUGCCAGGAAUAGAUGUGACGUCACCCAGUCUGAAAUCACCCAGUUUUGAAGCUUCCGUUCCCAGUGGAAGUGUUAACAUUGGAGGUCCCGAUAUUGGUCUUAAGGCUCCCGAGUUCAAGCUCUCAGGUGAAAGCGUUGGCCUGGCUGGUCCCAAAUUGGAAGGAGAUCUGAGAAUCCCCAGCGCUGAAGCCAACCUUACCAUUCCUGACAUCAACCUGAAAGGUCCAUCAGUCAACGUACCUUCUGUGGAUGUUUCCGCACCUUCCAUCUCUGCCCCUGGUGUCGAUGUUCAUUUGAAAGGACCAAAGCUGAAAGGUGAUGUUGAUCUCCCAAGUGCUGAAAUCCAAGGCCCAGGAGGGAAGCUGAAAUUCCCCAAGUUCAGCUUGCCAAAAUUUGGGAAGCCAGGAGUGAACCUGGAAGGGCCAGAUGUAGACCUUCAAGGACAGUUGCCCUCUGCACACCUUGAUGUCUCUCCCCCACGAAUUGGAGGAGAGGCAAGCAUUCCUGAAAUGGACGUGAGCCUGAAAGGACCAAAGAUAGGAAAAGACCUGGGUUUUUCUGGUGAGAUUAAAGCUCCAAAAAUAGAUGUCGGCAUGCCAGAUGUUGGUGUCGGUGGAUUUGAAGGGAAGUUUCAGAUGCAAAAGCCUUCAGGUCUAGACGUCAAUCUAUCAGCUCCAGAUGUUGACAUGAGAGGGCCGAAAGUGAAGAUGACUUCGGAAGGAGGCAUCUCUGGACCCGAGAUGGACAUCAAUCUGAAAGGACCAAAGAUCAAAGGAGAUCUUGGCAUUUCUGGUAGCAUGACAUCCCCCAAGGUGGAAGGCUCUGGAGGCGGAGUCAAACUUCCCUGCAUGAAACUUCCUCAGUUUGCUAUCGCUGGUGAGGGAGGCAGCAUUUCAGGACCACAGAUCAAAGGACCUGAAGCUGACUUUGAUUUGAACAUGAAAGGACCAAGUUUGAAAGGAGAUGCCCAGUUUGCUACCGACUUGAAAGGUCAACACGUUGGACUGGAAAUGCCAGGCAUGAAGAUUUCUGGCCUGGACUUGGACACUGGGACCCCGGAUAUCUGUCUAAGAGGACCUUCCCUCAAUGUCUCAGGUCCAAAGGUUUCUGGGUCAGAUUUUGAGGUCAAUCUGAAAGGGCCCAAGGCCAAAAUGCCAGAGGUACAUGUGGGCACCAAAGGAACAGGGGACCUUCACUUUUCUGGACCAAAGAUAGGGGGUGAUCUCGGUGGUCCCAAAUUAGGUAUCAAAGGUCUUUCUCUUGGGAUGGAUGCUCCACAAGGCCAUUUAGAAAGCUCAGCUGGGAAGGUCUCCUUCCCUAAAAUGAAAAUGCCAAAAUUUGUGGUGGCGGGGCAGGAACCGGUUGGAAGGGAAGUCGGGGUCGAUGUCGAGUUUCCUCAACCGCCACAAGCGAGUCUCCACGUUGAGGCAGGGACAGUUGAGCUGGAAGAACCUGACCUGAAAUUGAAGAAAUCCAAGAUCAAAAUGCCCAAGUUUGCCUUCUCCAAAGCCAAAGCCAAGGGAAGUGUCGGCUCUCCAGAAGUCUCAACAUCUGGGGCUGGAGUUGAAGGAGAGCUCAAAGCAAGUUUAGGGUCCUUAGAAGGUGAGGUGGAAGUAGGGGAAGCCGCCGUCUCGCCCAAAGGAAAGUUCUCCUUCUUUAAGACCAAAAAGUCUCGGCACCGGUCGUCCUCCUUUAGCGACGAGCACUCCUCGCACUCCACCCCGACCGGCACGCUGGAGCACGAAGGAGACAAAGGCAAGCACGCCAAGCUCAAAUUUGGCACUUUUGGGGGGAUAGGGUCGAAGAGCAAAGGGUCUUACGAGGUCACGGGAAGCGACGACGAGGCAGGGAGAAUCCAAGGCAGCGGAGCUUCUUUGGAGUCCAAAAAAUCUCGGCUCUCCUCAUCCUCCAGUAACGAAAGCGGGACGAAAGCUGGCUUCCGAGUGCCGGUGGUCGAGUUGACGGUGGCGAAAAAGAAAGAGUAGUCCAGGAAAACGCUUGUGUACAUAAUGCCCCUUUUCCUGUACAUAAUGUCCCUCUCGCCCCAUCGCCCUCUCCUUCUCCCUCUGUAUAUAUAUAUUUUUCCACCCCUCCGGCUUCAAAUACUUUGCAAUGAAACAGGUGAUCUACCGUGAAAUAAGUCGGGUUUUGAGAGCAAAGUGAUUCCUGUUUUACUGUGAAUAGGGCAGGUUCCACUGAAAGAUUUCUAUCUUCCGGAGAUCUGAAUCAAUUCCAAACUGAUACAGCGGCGUCCGUGGUCAUCUAAGGGCUGAUGGCGAGCAAUUUAUAUAUAUAUAAAUUUUUUCACGGUGUGGCACGAUUUUCACGGUGUGGCCACGACAUGCGGCAUCGUGGAGCCUACCAGAAAUUUCUGAUCCUUUGCUGGGGGAUGUGAAUACCCCUAAAUUCUUCCCAAACGUUCUUGGUUGAAUUGCAGCAAGAAAAGAAACUUUUUUUUAAAAAAUACAAACUUUUUUUUAAAAAAGAAAAACUUUUUAAAAAAACUUUUCUUUAAAAAAGAAAAACUUCUUUUUAAAAAAGGAAAACUUUUUUUAAAAAAGAAAAACUUCUUUAAAACCGAAAAACUUUUUUAAAAAAAGGAAAACUUUUUUUAAAAAAGAAAAACUUUUCUUUAAAACCAAAAAACUUUUUUAAAAAAAGAAAAACUUUUUUUUUAUAAAGAAUUUUUUUUAAAAAAACCUUUUUAAAAAAAAAAAAAAAAGCAGCAAAUGCCUUUGAACAAACAGAGGCCGGGGUCUGUCGGCUGUAUCAGUUGGAAUUCAGUCAAUAUAAAAAAAUUAUUCCAGACAUACAGAUGAGCAACAUGGGCGAUUUUUUUUUUUUUUUUGGCAGACGGAGACGUGAUGGAUUUUGAAAAAGCCUGGAUUAUGUGAUAUUUAAAGCUAUGCCGUAAGGAAGAUAGAUGUACAGUUUUUUUGGGGAGUAUUUUGGACAAUUUUCUCUUCUGUUCAGGCCUAGGACUGUGCUUUAUAUGCUACAAGAGCUUUAUGUUUACCUAAGCAAGCUUUGAUUGAGAUAUAUUAUAUAUAUAUUUCAAUUCACUGAAUAUCUUCAGUGUUGAUCCAUGAAAAUGUGUUAAUUUUAACUACUAGGGGUUUAUUAUUAUUAUUAUUUUUGCUUUUACCUGCAGGGGGCUAAAAUGUUUUAUCCUUUAAAAUUAUGGAUAUAUGAAAAAGAAACACUGCACGUAUACAGAAAGCAACUAAGAUGUGUCAAAUUUGGGCUUUUUUGCCAACAAAAACAACCUUUUCAUUUUGUUUGAUAAAACGACUAAACCAACUUCAACCAAAUAUCCAACAUGUAAUUUAUUUGUUGUUCAAAAGACGCAUUGCUGUUGCAAAACAAUUCAAGCCAAAAAGCCUUACGACGUCAUCUUAAUUGUUUCUGUAUAUUUCUUAUUUUUGUAAAAGAAAAGAAGUUCUCUUAGCUGAGGAACAAAUAUUUUUUGUCAUUAAUUCCUCCCGACAGAUGCAAAUUGUUAUCUUUUUGUCAUUAACUGUACCUUGAUUAUCAAACAAAACAAAUACAAAGAAAACUAUUUUUCAGCACUUUAAUGGCAAAUUAAUUGAGAAUGUAUGGAAACCGAUCUUGUAAAAUGCAAAUAAACUGUUUAUUAACCUUUUAA